UCGACAUGAGUUACCGCCCGUUGAGGAAACGAAUGUAAACAAAUGGCGGCUGUUCGUGAUUUGAGCGGCCGCUUCAAGAGGCUCGCGUCAAAAAUACGCCCUGUCAAGAAAUGGCAAGUACUUAUAGAUCAUGAUUAUAGCGGUGGACAUUUCUGCAAAGGAGAGGGAAGUUGUGAAAAUGACGACUGUCAUUUGUUUAACAAUAUAAAGCUAGGUAAGCAUCCAGAACUUUCUGGGUGGAAAGAUGGCCGGAGGAUUGUUGAAUUUGACGUUUUACUGUCCAAUUUAAGUUCAUGUAAAUCGUGCAGAUUAGGGCCAAUUCCUUUAACAUCUCUAAAUAUUGUUGGAGAAUUGAGGAAAGGAUUGAGUGGAUACUUGUAUGUUAAGUGCCAAAAUCCAGAUUGCGGUGCGGUAAACAAAGCCCCUUACGGUAAAACGCACCACAUCAAGUCCACACAAAGCUUAAGCGUGGGACAUGUUUGUAAGUAUAUUUUACACUAUUUAGAUAUUGCAAAGCAGGAAUCUCUGGAAGCUCAGAAAAGCAUGGGUGAGAGUAUUUGUGUUCUUGGUGUAACUCCAUUGCCAGAUGCAUCACCAUCGGUACGGUACUUAUAAUUUCUCAUGUAGGCUCCAUUUGAAAUAAUUAAGCAUUGACCUGUGCUAUAUAUAACAGUUUGAUAAUAUUUAAACAUUUAGUUACACCAUCCUAACCGUAUUAUUUAUGCUCGUGUUAAUUGCUCCAUGUGAAAUAUUUAAGCAUUGACCUGUGUUGAUAUGGCAUUAAUGAUCGAUAUAAAUGACAUAACUUUGCAGGCAAACACCAUAAUGCAGGCUAUCAUAUGUGGCAUUUAGUUCAGAUAAAUGUAUGCAUCGUGUGUGAUAGUUCAAUGAAUAGAACAGCCACUUCCAUGUUCAAUGAAUAGAACAGCCACUUCCAUGGAAAAGUCUGCAGUGUUCAAUGGUACAAUUAUGACGUCAUGAUAAUAAUGAUGACGUCAGCAUGUUGGCCAUGACAUUUACAGUCGAUUGAAUG